UCCGCCGGCCGUUGGGUUUCCGCCUCAAUCUGCCGUUGUCCCUCGGGCGGGCGGUACGCAGCGGGAAAUGAGCAGCGGCGGAUCGGCGGGAGCGGACUGAGUGAGGAGGAGCGGAGCGGAGCGGGGGUCAGCAUGGCGGAGGCGGAGGGGCCGGCUCCGGGCCUGGCCAUGGUCCCGGGCCCCGGGAUUGCGGUGGUGGGGGCUGGGCCGGGUUCUGGGCCGGGAGCGGCGCCGCUUCUUCCCCGCUCCCUGGAGCGGGCCCUGGUGGAGGCGGCAGGCUCCGGGAUCCUCGCCCUGAGCGGCCGCAAACUGAAGGAGUUCCCGAGGAGCGCGGCCGCGCUGGACCUCAGCGACACGGUGGAGGCAGAUCUGUCAAAGAACAGACUGAGUGAAAUUCCACUGGAAAUAUGCCACUUUGUCUCCUUGGAGAUGUUAAACCUGUAUCACAAUUGCAUCAAAGUCAUUCCAGACUCAAUCAUCAAUCUGCAAACACUGACCAACUUAAACUUGAGUCGAAAUCAACUCUCGACAUUACCAUUGUGCCUCUGUGCUCUUCCUCUUAAAGUCUUGAUAGCCAGUAACAAUAAAUUAGUGUCGCUUCCAGAAGACAUUGGACAGUUGAAAUAUUUAAUGGAACUGGAUGUGAGCUGCAAUGAAAUUACAAGUUUGCCACAGCAGAUCGGACAACUUCAGUCACUCAGAGAGUUGAACAUAAGGCGAAAUUACCUGCAGAUUUUACCAGAGGAGUUAGCAGACCUCCCACUUGUGAAGUUAAACUUUUCCUGCAAUAAGAUUGUGUCAAUACCAAUCUGUUACAGGAAUAUGAGGCACUUGCAAAUAAUAGAAAUGGAUAAUAAUCCGCUACAGUCUCCACCAGCACAGAUCUGCAUGAAAGGCAAAGUACACAUAUUCAAGUACUUGAAUAUAGAGGCGUGCAGAAUUGACAAGAAUGCAGAAUCCCUUUAUCAGCAACCCAUAGAGAAGGUUCGUGUGCCGCAGACUGUUGGAGGGAGCAUCGAAGACGUUUAUCCUGACAAAAAGCAAGAUUUUGACUCCGGAAUUGGGAGUGACAAUGGUGACAAACGCCUGUCAGCGACUGAACCCUCAGAUGAAGAUACAGGCAGUCUGACCCUUCAAAUGGCACAUAUCUCUGAAGAAAAUCAUUUGAAUAAGCAGGAGGAAUAUUUGAAUGUUAGAUCAAUGAAAGUGGAACCUGAUCAGGAGUCGAAGGAGCUGCUGCAAAAUAAUUUAGAAGUGAAAGACAGGUUGUCUGACAGGGAUGAUGGCUUGAGUUCUGAGUUUAGGACUUACAUAAAGGAAAGGGUGAUGGAGCCUGAAGAACCACUGCGAAUUGAGGAAGAUGCAACUUGGACGUUAGAGCAUAUACAAAACACCAAUCAGCAUCUGGACACAGAAUCAGAAGCGAUAGAAAACACAAGUUUGCCAGAAAGCACACUCCAGGAACAGCAGAGAUUCAAUCUGAAUUGUAUGGAUAGUAGUGAAGUGCAUCUGUAUCGUUUACAUACGGAAACAACAGUCCUUCCAGAACUUAAAACAUCUGCAGUAAAUGGGCAGACACCAAAAAUCCAUUCCUCAUCAAAGUUCUCCAGUUACCAGGCUCUUGCUCCAUUUUGUGUAGAUGAGGAUUCUUCAUCUGAGACGGAAAGCUCUACGUUGGAGCUAGAGUUUCAGAGGAAACGAGAAGUUAUGCUGGAGAGAGCGAGGCAUGAAGCUCAGGUGGCAUCAUCGCAGCGAUUGGAAUGGCAGAAGUCUAAGCAGACUACUAACGAGAAUCUGGAGAGGAGUGAUUCUCAAACUGAGGAUGAAGACAAGACUCCUACAGUAACUCCCACAAUGUCUCCUGUGGCAUCUCCCACUGCUCCCUUUGGACUGAAACCACGAUCUGUCCAAGCCAACUCUCCUUCUUUGGACUCCCUUCCUCCCUCCUUCAGAGAGUUGACACAGACACACAUAGAGGAACGCAGUACCGUCACUACCCCUCAGGAAGAAGACAAAAGUCAUGUUUUCUUUCGGUCUGUACGGAAUUUUGAAUCCAUGGAUCCUCAAUUUACAAUCCGUAGAAAAAUGGAACAAAUGAGAGAGGAGAAAGAGCAUAUUGAACAACUCCGGGAGAAUAUUGAAACAAGACUCAAGGUUACUUUGCCAGAAGAGAUUGGAACAGCUCUGAUGGAUGGAGUAGUCCUUUGUCAUUUAGUCAAUCACAUCCGUCCACGAUCUGUGCUCAGUAUACAUGUACCAUCACCGGCAGUGCCUAAACUGAGCAUGGCAAAAUGUAGGAGAAAUGUGGAAAACUUUCUAGAAGCCUGCAGGAAAAUGGGAGUGCCUGAGGAAAAAUUAUGUCUGCCCCAUCACAUACUAGAAGGAAAAGGGUUGAUGAAAGUAAGUAUGACCGUUCAAGCACUGCUAGACUGGGCGAUAACCAAAUGCCCGUUAUUUUCGUGAAUCCAGAGUUGCAUUGCCGCUGGCCCCAGAACACCCAACGAGUGAAGGCCCAGAGAGGGGACAAGAUGUACAAGAAAAGGACACUUUUCAUCACUUGACAGGUGGAUCCAACUUAUGUCCAUUAAGACACUAGCAUCAUUUGUUUUGAAAAUAUAAUGGGAAGCUACAUAUGUUAGAGUAUUUAAUCAGUAUGUUAACUUUGCAGAUAUUUACAGCUUUGCAGCAGUGAGGCAAAGCCAACAUUUUAAGUAUGCUUUAAUAUAUUAAAAAAAACUUCCUUUUGGUGUGCUAAUUUGUUUAGUUGCUAUGAUAUUCCAAUGGCUUUUAAGACACAUUGUGAGAAAGUUUAGAACAUUUUCUUAAGUUAUUUAUAUUAUUUAUUCAGGAGGUAUUUUACCUAUCCAUUUGGAUGAAGUUGUAAAUUUGACAGACUUACAGCUAAAACUGCUUUUUUUUUUAGAAAAGAUAAUAGGAACAAUUUUAUUGUAUGGCAACAAUCUGCAUUUUAGUUGAUGCUUAGUUUCACCUGUUAUGUGAUCCCUUCCUGAAAUGUGCUGGUGAUCUUUAUUUAUGUAAAAUGAUUUACUGACAGGGGCUGAGCGGUCACUUAUCUGAAUCAAUAUAUGAAAAGCAGCUUAUCUGGAUUGUGUCUCAGGGUGGUCACUGCUACACAGUAGAAUUGCCAGUGAAUAGUUCACUGCAGUUUACAAAAAAACACUGACAAUGUGUCUCUCAGUUGAUGAUUGACAUCUUCCGUGUGCUUUAUUCCAUUAGUACAUUCCAGAUUAUAUAAUCUUCGACUGUUUAGACUAGAUAGUUGAUUUGAGCUGAAGCUAAUUUGAUUUAAAUUCUCCAAAGGGAUAUGCAAAAUGAAGAGUAAUCCUCAUUCAAAUGAGUAGUAUUGAUUAUAAAAGAGUUGUUGUCAAAUAAUGAGUUUCCGUGUGCUCGAAAUGAAUGGAGGGUUUUGGUCAAUGACCCUGUUGCUCUCAUAUUUGUGAUUGACCUGGCAUGAUUUAGUAAUUAACUUGCUUAAAAUGUUUCACACAAAGAAGUUAGAUUACACUAUUGAAAGAUUAAUACUAGAGUAUUAAAUAUUGCAAUGAUAUCAAAACCACAGCCUAAAUUAGAAGUGCUAUCAAAAGACCCAUGGUCUGUUAUGGGUAUGUAAGAUUUAGUUCCCUACAUCAUGCUGCACAGUUCAAUGCAAUUCUCCCAUUCCCAGUGUAUUUGCUGGUCAGUGGAGUAUGUAAAUGCACAUUCAAUUAACGCUGUCAAGCUAGCAAGUGCCAACAAGUGAUUUAUUAGCCAAACCUUAAUGUUCAUAAUCAAAUUACCUUGAUGCCCUGUUGCCGAAAUAGGGACCACUACAAGCUAUGCUAGUGCCCAGGGAGUCAUGCCUAAGUCAUAUUAUCUUCAAAAGAUGUCAAGUUGUGAGCACUUUGUCUGCCAGUCUUUUGAAAUUGAUUUAAAAUUGUUUUAUGGACUGCAGAAUACACUACAAAUAACAUUUGUCAAACUCUCUUACUGCUUGUAGGUAAAGUGAAUGAAACUUUGUGUCAUUGGCAGCCAAGUUAAUUAGAUUUGCUAACCAAAAGUGGAUUACAUUUCAAUAUAAAAGGAGACCGUUGGUAAAGAGAGCUGGUUAAAUGAACAGUAUUUCAACAUUAAACUUUUUUAACCAAGAAGCUUUUUUCUCUUUAAAAUGAAGCAGUCACUAAUUUGCAUUGCUACGUAAAUGGAAAGGAACUUAGGUAUUGGAGAACUGUGAAGAUACAGGUUUAAGGAACAGGAUCAGGGAACUUGCAGUUGCAUACUUUCCACCUGAUCCUGAAGAGAAACAAAUACGCAGAACUCUGGAGAGAAGCCAGGGGCAUGGAGCUACCUGAGUUCCUCUUGCAGAGAACCAGCAGACUGAAUGGUCUUUCUGUGCUGAUGAGCUCAGAGUAACUUGACUUGACUUUAAGGCCACAUUGGACUGAGUGUGGAAUCAAGAACUCUAGCUAAACCAAUCAGUGGGAAUCAGGGAAAACUUCCCAUUGGUUGGAGUCAUACCUGGCACAAAGGAAGAUGGUUGUGGUUUUUGGCGAUCAGUCAUCUCAGUUCCAGGGUAUCUCUGCAGGAGUUCCUCAGGAUGUUGUUGUAAAUCCAGCCAUCUUCAGUGUUUCAUCAAUUUCUUUCCUUCCAUCGCAAAGUAAACAAAAAAUUCAUGUCCAAAUGCAGCAAGACCUGGACAGUAUCCAGGUUUGGGCUGACAAGUGGCAAAUAACAUUCAUGCCACACAAAUUCAAGGCAGCAACCAUCUCCAAGAGAGAAUUUCACUAUUGACCCUUAACAUUCAAUAGCAUUACAAUCACAGAAUCCCCACUAUUAACAUCCUGGGGUUACCAUUGGCCAGGAACAUAAUUGGACCAGCCAUAUAAAUACAGUAGCUAGAAGAGCAGAUUAGAGAUAGUAGGAACUGCAGAUGCUGGAGAAUCCGAGACAACAAGGUGCAGGGCUGGAUGAACACAGCAGGCCAAGCAGCAUCAUAGGAGCAGAGAGGCUUGAGAUUAGAGGCUGGGAAUCCUGCAGUGAGUAAUUCAUCUCCCUGACUCUCCAAAGUCCAGUCCGCCAUCUACAAGGCACAAAUCAGGAGUGUGAUGGAAUAUUCCCCACUUGCCUGGAUGAGAGUAGCUCGAGGAAAACUGACACCGUCCAGGACAAAGCAGCCCACUUGACUAGCACCACAUCACCAGCAUUCACUCCCUCCACCACCGAUGCUCAGUAGCAGCAGCGUGUACUUUCAACAAGAUACAUUGCAAAAAUUCACCAAAUAUCCUCAGCAAAUCACCUUUCAAAUCACCAAAAUCUAGAAGGGCAGGGGCAGCAGACACAUGGAACACGACUCCCUGCAAGUUCCCCUUCAAGACACCCACCAAGCCACUUGAAAAUAUAUUGCUGUUCCUUCAGUGUCAAUAGGUAAAAAUGCUGGAACUCCUUCCAGAAUGAUAUUGUGGGUCAUAGAGAUUUACAGGAUUGGAAAAGGUACUUUGACCCAUCAUGUCAGUGCUGGCCAGAAAUAGAUACUUAUUCUAACCCCAUUUUUCAGCACUUGACCCUUGAUCUUGUAUACCUUGGUUCAAAAGUGCACAUCUAAAUACUUCUUAAAUGUUAUGAGGGUUUCUGCCUCUGCUACCCAUAGAGGUAUGAGUUCCAGAUUUACAGCAACUUAAGGGUAAAAAGAUUUCCCCAAGUUUCCUGUUAACCUUUGGCCCCUUACCUUAAACUUGUGGCUCUGGUAUUGAUCCCUCCAUCUAGCGGAAAGAUUUCUUAUUUAGUCCAUCUAUGCCCCUCAUAAUUUUAUACAUCUCAUUCAUGUUCCCGCUCAAUCUCUUUUGCUGUAAGGAAAACAACUCUAGUCUGUCCAAGCUGUCUUCAUCUGAAACUCUCCAGCCUAGGCAACAUGCUAGUAAAUCUCCUCUGCACCCUCUCCAGUGCUAUCACAAUCCUCCUAUAACGUGAAUUCCAAACCUGCAUACAGUACUCUAGCUGUGGCCUAACCAACAUUUUAUACAGCUCCACCUCCCUGCUCUUAAACUCUGUGCCUCAGCUAAUAAAGUGUACCAUAUGCUUUUUUUAAUCACUUUACCCAUCUGUCCUGUUAGCUUAAGGGACCGGUAGACGUACGCACCAAGGUCCCUCUGAUCUUCAGUGCUUCCCCGGUUCUCCUAACAGCACAUGGUCUGCAGUGGUUCAAGGAGGCAGCUCACCACCACCUUCUCAUGGGCAACUAAGCGUGGGCAAUAAAUUCUGGCCCAGCCAGGGACACCCACAAUCCUGAAUGAAUAAAACAGUUUGAUAAUACUAGGUAUGAAAAAAUGAACACGGUGUCUGAACAAACACGCUUUACUCCUCUUAAAAUAUUUCCUUCCCCAUCUGGACAUUUCUGAGAAAUAUAUAGAGAGGUAAACAUUUAACACACUGUUCUAAUAAAGACUUAGGAGAGAAACACAUGCAGCCAGAUAUACCUAAGGACAUCUUACAUAUAUAAAGUUUUGAGAUAUUAAUUAAAUUAUUAUCCAAUAUCUGCAGUUAUUAUGAUUGUUUUACUGUCACCUUUUUGAUGUUUAUAUCAGCAGAGACAUGUAGGUCCAGAAUAGUGCAGUCAGUCCAUACCAGAACAAAGCAUUAUAAAGGGCAGUGGGGUGGGGUCUGGGGAGGUGUUCAGUGUAUUAUUGUGCACUUUUACAAAGGAAGAACAUUAUUGACUUUCAGCUAUCAUGUCUAGCCUCAUGAAAUCAACCAAAUUAUGUUUUGUGACAAAUACACCUGUUGUCAGAAAAGCAAUGGAAUGAGGCAACUUGAAAGCAAGAGAAACCUGUGGGUUUCACUGCUGUUAGCUCUUUUGUUUUAAAGAUUGUUUCUGGAAAUAGUACUGGAUUGCGGCAGGUUCAGUUUUUUUUGCAGUGAAAAGCUUUGGUGAGAAAGGCAGUGGGGAGCAAGGCAGAGCAGAGGAACAAUGAGGGGGUGUAGCUGUAGGGAGCAGGGUAGAGCGACAGUGAAUGCGACAGGUCUGUAGGGAGCAAGGUGAUGCUGUAAGAUGAAGGAUGAGUCUAUAAGGACUGUGGGGGCAAGGUGAGGCUGUAGGUAACUGGGGAGUUGACUGGGGCUGGAGGAAGGUGUGAGUGUGGGCAGGGCCACAGAGUGCUCUAUGGUAAUAAGAAUCUGAAUUCAAUUUAUGUCUGACAAUCUUAAACAGAUGUAGCCAACCACUGUGGAUUGAGGUUCUAUUUGUUGUUCUUCGUGAGUUAGUUUUUUUUUCUUGGAAUCCUUUCUAUUAACUGAAUGGAACCGUGCAAGAGGACCAAAACAGUGUUUAAUGUGUAGGUAUCUAAUUAAACAAAUCAGAGUGACAGUCACAACAGUAAUGAAAGGAUUUUUUUCAGUAAACUCAUUCACUUCAGUUCAUUAAUGUGCCACCUGACUGUUGAGCGUUGAAACAGUAAUUACAGCUCUACUUCAUAAUGCCCUCGAGCUCAGUUAGAUUGUGGGUCUCGGGACAUAGAAGUCCCUUCAAGAUAGGAUAUGAUUUCGUGCAUUACAUAGGGGUGGUACAAAUCAAGUAUUUCAGUUGUGCAAAAUAAUAGAUAUUGUCUUGGGAGUGGAUAAGAAUGGUUAACUGGGAGGGGGGAAAUGAGAAUGGAUAUGCUGCAAAUACAGCGGUGUCUGUUUUUGAAUUAUGCCGAAGCAUGAAAUCUGAAAGCAGCUCCCUGAUCCCAGAUAAAUCAAGAUUCAAUGUGCAAAUUUUUUAACGUAAUGUUUAACAGCUUAAGGAACAUUUAAGAUGUAGUUGUGUCACUGAAAUCUGAGGAAACAAUGUUGUCAAGCUUAACGAUUUGUGUGUUCAUUAUUAUCAUGAUGAGCUUAAAAAAUAUGCAUAAAGUAUUGUAUUUCUAAAAAGAGUGCACAAGCCAGAAUGAGAGUAGUUCAAAUUACUUUCUAAUGAGAUGCUUUUUGUAUUCAUAAAAUAAAAUUUCCAAUUUCAAGGGCAGCCAUGAGCAAGAAUUGUUUACCAUUGAUUUUGAUGUGUUUAAAUGAAACAAUAGAGCAGAGCACUGCAGUGGGACUAUGCACUUAUUGGGUAUUUAUUAUCUGAUAGAAUAGAAGAUGGUAGGAGAACCUUGUUUAAACUACACAGCGUUUUAUACUAUGGUAAUACAAAGCCUAAUGGAAGCACAAUGGGUAGAUAAGGAGAAAUCCUGACUCUUGCAUCUUAGAGGUGACAAGUGCUGUGAAAAUGCAAUUUACAGAAGGUGAUGUAUUUAAAUGUAUAUAGAUGACCACAGUGCUUUUUCUAUUGACAGAUUUUGAGUAUUUGCUGUUGGAAUGGCAUAUUGUGUAAUGGAUCAGGUUUUCAUUGUUCACAGCUGGCUUUCAGCAUGUAUUAUAUGAAAAAGAGUAUUGUUCUAUCUUUUAAUAUUUUGUAAAAUUGCAGUUUCUAUCAAGUCAUCAAAUUUUAGAGCACCCAAUUCUUUGUUGUAUGGCCAAAAGAUCUUCCGGUGUCUGUAUAUAAUUUGCGCAAUAUAUUUUGCAUGUGUGGCCUAUUGCUGUUACCUAAGCCAUUGUAUAUAAUGUAUAUUAUGUAGAAAUCACUUUUAUUGUAACAUCAAUAAUAAA